AUGCACUGCUCCUCCUGCUCUUCAGCUGUCGAGCGCGCCCUCUCAUCACAGCCUGGAGUGCUGUCAGCGAGUGUCGCCCUGCUGAAGGAGACUGCUGAGGUGGUCUUUGAUGACGGGGAUAUAACCAUCAGUGAAAUCUUAAAAGUGAUCCAGGACGCUGGUUUCAUGGCGGAGUUGCUGCAGAAACAAGAGGAGAGGACCAGACAUGAGGUGGCUGUGGAGACGGCUCUGGGGGAAAAGAAGGGUGUGCAGAAGGCACUGGUGUCUCUCACCCUCAAAAUGGCAGAGGUCACGCAUGACCCACAGGUGGUAAAUGAGGCUGAGGUGGUUGCCCUUAUUGAGGAGGCUGGGUUUGAGGCCCGGGUGGUGGGUAGGGGUGCUGUCCCCGACUCCGACUCUGCAAUCCUGCGAGUGAGCGGCAUGACCUGCAGCUCCUGCUCAUCCGCAGUCGAGCUUGCCCUUCUCAAUCACCAGGGCGUGCAGAGGGCUGCCGUGAACCUGCUGGCGGGCAAGGCAGAGGUGCAGUACAACCCUGAUGUGACUGGACCCAGACACAUCAUACAGGCUGUCCAGGAAGCAGGCUUUGAGGCACACCUCCUGCGCGGUGACAGGCCAGCAAACGGCGAUCAAAAAUCAGAGCUACAACAGCUGCGAGACCUGUUCUUUGCCAGCGCCUGCCUCACAAUCCCAGUGUUCCUGGUGGCCAUGGUGUUCCCCAUGAUCCCUGCUAUGCGCCCGCUGCUGGAGGCGCAAAUUUUUGACUUCCCAUUGGACCAGAUCAUCAAAUGUCUCUGCGCCACCCCGGUGCAAUUUGUCAUCGGCUGGCGCUUCCACAUCAACGCUUGGCGCGCCCUCCGCAAUGGCAGGGCAAACAUGGAUGUGCUGGUGUCUCUGGGCACUAACGCCUCUUACCUCUACUCCAUGAUCUCCAUUCUGCACCACCACUUCAUGAACCACCACAAGACCGGCAUGUACCGCCCCACGGACUUCUUUGAGACCUCCGCCAUGCUCAUCACCUUCAUUCUGCUGGGCAAGUACCUGGAGGCCAGCGCUAAGGGGAAGACGUCUGAGGCCAUCGGCGCGCUGCUGAAUCUGACUCCCCCCACGGCUGUGCUGCUGGAGGGCGGUGAAGACGGCAAGGUGGAGGCCGAGAGAGAGGUGCCCACUGCGCUCAUCCACCGCGGAGACAGGCUCAAGGUUUUGCCUGGCGCCCGCAUGCCGGUGGAUGGGCUGGUGCUGAGCGGCAAGUCGCACGCCGAUGAGAGCAUGCUGACCGGGGAGGCGGAGCCGGUGCUCAAGGUUGAGGGAGACGCUGUGAUCGGGGGCACCAUGAACAUGGGAGGGGCACUGCAGGUGAGGGCGACACGGGUGGGGAAGGACACGGCUCUGGCGCAGAUUGUGCAGCUGGUGGAGGCGGCCCAGAUGAGCAAGGCGCCCAUCCAAGCCUUCGCCGACUAUGUCUCGUCCAUCUUUGUGCCCAUCGUUGUCACCGUGGCCAUGAUCACUUGCUUUUGUUGGUAUGUGGCUGGGAAGCAUGGGUGGUUCCCACAGGAGUGGCUGCCGGCAGGCCACAACCACUUUUUGUUUGCGCUGCUGUUUGGGAUUGCUGUGCUGGUCAUAGCCUGCCCUUGCGCGCUGGGCCUGGCCACACCCACAGCCGUCAUGGUUGGCACCGGCGUGGCAGCUUCCCAUGGCAUCCUCAUCAAGGGGGCGGAUGCAUUGGAGAGGGCCCAUCGCAUCCGCACCAUUGUAUUUGACAAGACAGGCACGCUCACGCGCGGCAAGCCGGUCGUGACAGACGUCCGCCUCUAUGACACUCAGGCGUCGCUCAAGGAGGUCAUGCAUCUGGCUGCUGCACUGGAAGUGCAGAGCGAGCACCCUCUGGCAUCAGCAGUCAUCAACUUUGCAGCAGAAGGCUUGGGCAUUGGGCAGCAGCAAGUCGGAGGCGGAGCGAAGGUCACUGCAGGCACAAAGGGGGCACCCGCUGCCCGCAGACUCGACUGGGUGCGACCUGCAAAGGACGUCCUCUCUGUUGCUGGCAAGGGCGUGUUGGGGUGGGUGGCAGUGGGGCCUGAGAUCUCUAGGUCUCCCAUCAAGGGCAAGGAGGGCCCGAGGGAUGUCAAGGUCAUCCUGGGCAACAAGCAGAUGAUGGCCGACGAGGGAAUCCCUAUCAGCAAAGCCGUUGAUGACUACAUGCGCGACAUGGAGGCAAAGUGCUGCACGUGCGUGAUGGUGGCGCUGGCGGGAUCUAUAGUCGCAGUGCUGGCGGUGACGGAUCCGCUCAAGCCGGAGGCGCGCGGUGUGGUGGCGGCUCUGGCGCGGCGCGGGCUGGCGGUGCACCUGGUGACGGGCGACAACUGGCGCACGGCGCGCGCAAUCGCCGAGCAGCUCGCCAUCAUCAACGUGUGCGCCGAGUGCCUGCCCGGCGCCAAGGUCGACAAGAUCCGGGGCAGCAAGAAGGUGGUGGCGAUGGUGGGCGAUGGCGUGAACGAUUCGCCUGCGCUGGCCGCAGCGGAUGUCGGCAUCGCGGUGGGCUCGGGCACGGACAUCGCGAUAGAGGCGGCAGACUAUGUGCUGAUGCGCGAUGACCUGGAGGACGUGCUGGUGGCCAUCGACCUGUCGCGCAAGACCUUCAACCGCAUCCGAGUAAACUACUUCUGGGCCAUGGGGUACAACGUCGUCAUGAUCCCCUUUGCCGCCGGGAUUCCUCCAUGGGUGGCCGGAGCGCUGAUGGUCUUCAGCUCUGUGAGCGUGGUGUGCUCAUCCCUACUGCUACGCAAUUACAAGAGGCCCAAGCCAGUGCUACGUGACGUGGCGGUGCUUUCAUAA